AUGGCGGAGGACCUCAUCGCCUCGGAGCCUGCGACAAUGGAAAUUCCCGCCGAAGUCACACAGCGCGCAGUAAAGGCCGUGAAAAGGUCGGCGAAGCGCACGCACGAAAUAUUCGCCGCGGAUCUCGGCCAUGUCUACGCGUUGGAGAAAGCACCACAGCCUGCAGCAGCACCUGACAUCGCUUCACCACACGAGCGCGCACAGAAGGCCAGUGUUGCAGCACGAAUACGAUUGGAAUAUGCAGACGUUAAGGAGCUUCCAGCAGCUCUGGCACAGAAGCAGGCAAAUGCAGCAGCAGGACUGGCGGCGCGGAGAAGGAAGCCCAAGAGUGAUGAGCAGGCGAGCGACCCUCAAAUGGCCAAGAUGAUCGAGGAUGCGUCUGCUUCGAGACAACAAGCGGCAGUAAAUGGGUCGUCCACAGCUCUCACGCGGAUCAAUGGAACCGCCAAUGCAAAACUUCCUCCAAACGCGAAUGGACCGACACCACAGCGCAACACACCUUCUUCCAGCAUGGUGCGACGCGAUACCGUAAGACAGCAGAAACCGCAGUGGCAUCCUCCCUGGAAGCUCUUCCGUGUUAUCUCCGGCCACCUUGGGUGGGUACGUGCUCUCGCCAUGGAGCCUGGUAACCAAUGGUUCGCCUCUGGAGCUGGUGAUCGAACAAUCAAGAUCUGGGAUCUCGCGACCGGCACUCUCAAACUUACUUUGACUGGCCAUAUUUCCGCGGUGCGAGGCCUUGCUGUCAGCCCUCGUCACCCAUAUCUUUUCUCUUGCGGCGAAGACAAAAUGGUCAAAUGCUGGGAUCUGGAGACAAACAAGGUCAUUCGCCACUACCACGGGCAUCUGUCUGGCGUGUACACCAUGAGUCUACACCCCACACUGGAUGUGCUGUGUACGGGUGGUAGAGAUGGUGUAGUCAGAGUCUGGGACAUGCGAACAAGGUCCAACAUCCACGUUCUCAGUGGGCACAAGCAGACCGUGAGCAGCAUCGUAACGCAAGCUACGGACCCACAAGUCAUCUCUAGCAGUCUGGAUAGCACGGUCCGAAUGUAUGAUCUUGCGGCCGGAAAGACCAUGGGUGUCCUGACCCAUCACAAGAAGGGCGUACGUUCUCUGGUAACGCAUCCAACAGAGUUUACUUUUGCAUCAGCGUCCCCUGGGCAGAUCAAACAAUGGCUCUGCCCCAAGGGAGAUUUCAUGAUGAACUUUGAAGGCCACAACUCAGUCAUCAACACUUUGUCGGUGAACGAAGACAACGUUCUCUUCAGUGGAGGCGACAAUGGAAGUGUGGGUUUCUGGGAUUGGAAGACCGGCCACAAGUUUCAGUAUGAAGACAGCAUAGCGCAGCCUGGAUCCUUAGAUGCUGAAGCAGGGAUCAUGACGAGCACUUUCGAUAACACUGGACUCCGCUUGAUUACUGGCGAAGCGGACAAGACGAUCAAGGUAUGGCGGCAAGAUGAGAAUGCAACCGAAGAGAGCCAUCCUUUGCAGUGGCAGCCUACGUUAGGGAGACAGAAGUUUUGA